AUGUCUCAGCCCAAGAUUAAAGCAGUCCUGUUCGACUUCAUGGGUACAUGCCUCGACUGGCACAGCAGUGUAGUCCAAGCCUUGCCAUCAACCAUUCCACGCAAUGAAGCAUCCAACUUUGCUCUGGAAUGGCGCAGACAAUAUUUCCUGGAGAACAACAAUCGCUUUAUGCAAGGCCUUCACCCUGAAGAUAUCGACGAGACACUUGCCCGCACCCUUGAAGUGACCCUCGCCCAGUAUCCACAUCAUCAACCCCGCAUCAACGCCGAACCCAAAACCAACUUGGUCCAAGCAUGGCACUCCCAGCCUGCAUGGCCAGAAGUUUCAAAGGCGAUCAGAAGCCUCCGCCAAGACCUCAAUCUAGAGGUGUUCGUUCAUGCGAACGGAACUACCCGUCUUCAACUUGAUCUUACACGAUCGUCGGGGCUAGACUUCCACAUGCUUUUCUCUAGUCAACUGUUGGGAUUCUAUAAGCCUAGUCCCGAGGCAUAUGAGAAAGCUUUGCAACUUCUCAAGCUCAAGCCGGAGGAGGUGGUGUUGGUCGCAGCUCAUGCGUAUGACUUACGGGGAGCUCAGAAGUGUGGGCUGAGGACCAUUUAUGUCCAUCGUUGGACUGAUGAUAUUGAUGAGGAUAUGGAGAAAGUCAAAUCCGAGUUUGAUGUCUUUUUGGAGAAUAUGGAUGACCUGCCUGGUAUCAUUGGGCGGAUGUGA